AGGUCGUGACCGUCGUGUAUUGUAGAUAUCUCGCUUGAAAUCCAUCCCUUUGAGCCGCAUCUUCAAUUGGUAUUCAUAAGCAGCACAUUGCCAUCGCAUAUUGACACGAUCUCACCAAACUUCAUCGCUUCAAUCGUACUGUACACACACUGCAUCGUCAUUUAGCUACGAAACAGCAAGCAUGUCAUCACACGACCAAUCAAACUUCCAACCAACACCACCAAUCCGCACAUCCACAGUCGAUUCCCAGAAAUCCACAGAAUCAACCGGCCAGAUGUCUCCUCAAUCUGCCCCAGUGUCACCAUCAUCACGCGCAUUCUUCGGCGCCAUUACCGAACGCUUGCGCGAGCGUUCAAGAAGCCGGUCCCGAGCAGAUACAAAGACAUCAAUGAUUCUGCCGCCCGAACAACUCUCCACAGCACGACCCCAGCACACCCGUCACGUCUCGCAACCUACACCAAGCCAAGCUCCUGCCAAAGCACCGCGACCAAGUCUCCAAGAUAGUGGGAGGACGGCGACCGGUGGCGAUCCGUGGCGUGGAAGGCACUCCAACGACUGGCUCUUCAACGGCUUCUCGUUUAGAGAUACCGCUAAGGACGCUCUUGAGCGUCGAAGGUCGUGAUUGAGGAUCGGGUUCUUGUUCUAGGUCUGGAUAAUCUUCGAGGGCACAGAAUUUGUCCCUAGGCUCGGAUUUGGGGCAAUGCGCAAAUUGGCGAACAUUUUUUCCCCACCCUAUAGCAUUAUUUCU